GGCCGGCAGCGUUACCCCUGGCAACGGCGGAGCCCUGGGCGCUGGGAGGCAGCGGCGGCUGGAGCCUGCGGAGCGAGGCCUGAGGAUGCGGGAGGGCCUGAAGGAGGAAGCGCAGCUGCUGGCCCGCUACUACCUGCAGCACUGCCUGGACUCGGCCCGGGAGCCCAGGCCGCCCAACAAGGCGGCCUUCACCCUCCGCAAGGUGGCCGACCAGAUGGUGGAGCAGCACCAGGCGGCUUUCAGCAACAUGAAGAGCCGCUUCGACAACGGCCUCCAAAUGGCGGCCAGGCCGCGCCAGGCGGCGGCGGCGGCGGCGGCGGCGGCCGGACCCGAAGGAGAAGCGGCCUCGGCCUCGGGCUCGGGCUCGGGCUCGGGCUCGGGCUCGGCCCCGGGCCGGGAGGAGACCGACACCGCCCGGGCGGCGCUGGCCGCGGCCGACUUCCUGCGCCGGGUGGUGGAGGAGAUGUCGGCCGACGAGAAGAUGAACUGGGGCCGGGUGGUGAGCAUCUUCGCCUUCGCCGGGGUGCUGUGCCGGCACCUGAGGGACUCGGGCAUCACCAUGAGCCCGGAGGCCGGCCCCAGCCCUGUGGACUCGCUGGCGGAGAGUGUGGCCAACUACCUGGGCAAGGAGCGGCGCGAGUGGAUUGAACAGAACGGGGGCUGGGAGGGGUUUCUCAGAUUCUUUGGCAGUGAUGACCAUUGGCAAGAGUCAACAGUACGCAACAUGCUGAUAACAGUUGCUGGGUUUGGAAUAGCUGGGUUAGCUUGCCUUCUUGCUGUCCGAUAGACUGCAUCUAACCAGUUGGAACAGUUGUUAACAUCCUAGAAGAUAUACAUUUCUCGUGCACAAUGUUUUGCAUUUUUACAUCUCCAUUUCUGAGGUAUUUUUGGAGGUUGCCAUCCUGUGGGACAGAACAGCAAGAAAAUGGAGAUUGUCAACUUUUGUCUGCAGUUUUGCUAGUGUCACGUUUGUACACUUUUAAAAUUUCAUUUAAUAUACUGCCUACAACACAAAAUGAAGUAUCCUUUAAUGUUUUUAAAAGGCAUUGUGUUUAGAAUAAGGCUUGAACAAAGGCUCUUUUUAUGGUUUUGGUUAUUGUGGAUGAGCUGUGGAAACCAGGAGCCUUUUCUACCGCCCAGUUCUGAGAAUCACAAAGAAUUGCACUAACUUGUUUAGUAAUCCAGAUAUGGCAAAGCAUAACCUGUUACUGUUUGGUUAGACCUUUUGGUUGCUGAAUAACUAUGUUCAUAACUACUCCAGUAUGGCAACUCUGACAUCAUGCAACCUGAGGUUUUCAAACUUUAUCUUCCUCUGUCCAUUGAUACUGGUCUUUUCACAGACAAAACCAUCAUAAUUUUAUAGUUAGUAUUGGUUUGACGAUGUGUAAUCAUAAAGCAUGCAACACGAAAUAUGGUUGUCCCAUAAAUAUGUACAGUGUAAACAUUAAUAUUGGUAGAUAAAAACCAAACUCAAGGGAAGAAAAGUAGUAAUUUUUAACUUCUAUUUGUAAAAACAAGUGUUACAGAAUUAGUAUCAAAGUUGUAUUACAAAAAUACAUUGUACAUGCAGGUCAGAAUUUUGAAAGCAUCUCUGGUCAAGAAAGCAACUAAAAACCUUAUGUCAUAGGUUUCAAUUCAAACAUCCCAUCAUAUUUUAAAUCAUGUAAUAGUAUUUAAUUUUAUUAAAUAUAGAAAAACAUUUACAAUGCUGUGAUUGAAUCAGCUUUUUGAAAAGCUCAUUUUUGCUUAUGGCAGGGAUGAGCAUUUAUCCUUAUUGUGCAUGGAACUAUUAAUAUACAUUCUUUGGGAUAUUCUCAGACAUGGGAUGUUUUUUUUUUUUGCUCAAUGGUGAUCAACAAAAAUCCCUUGCUGUGCCCUAAUUAUUUCAAAGUACAGUGGUAGAGGAGGAAGCACUGCUUCUUCAGUUUCCUGUAUGUAUAUAACAUUCUUUGCUUUUUCUUUUCCGCUCCAGCUAUAUGUAGUCUUGUUUCAAGCUGUUAAAUUACAUUUACCUUUUGGGUAUAAUGUUUGAAAUAAGAAAUUCUACAGCUGAGAUCAAAUUUUGCAUUUUUAAAUGUUAAUGAUGUGCCUUGUAAAAAAAAAUUUUCAACCGUAAGUUUUAAUGGGGAACUUCCCCAGAUGUCAUGGUGCGCUUUUGCUGCCUUAAGUUGGUUGUGACUGAGCAUUCUGUAAUGCUGAAAUGACAAAACCAAUGAAACUUGGAAAUUCUGAGGCUCUGUGUGGUAAUGUUUGAUUACUUAGUUUUAUUAGUCCAUAUGAAUAGUUGCUGUCAGUUGUAUAUAUUCCUAAGUCUGUAUUGGAACCUUUUUUUUUCCCUUGAUGCUUGUAUGGUUUUAUGGGCACUAGCUGCUUGCCAUUAUCUUUACCCAAGUGAUUAUACCUGUGAACUAUGAUGUUGAAUAUUGGCAUGCUAUUUGACCACAUUGGGCAUCCUUUAAGCUGGUUGCUGUUCUGAGUCAUGAUAGCAAUUUAUAUUUGUGUAGCAUCUUAACUUGCAUCGUGUUCUGGAACUUUGUUGACAAUGAGCCAGAUGAUCAAGAGUGUAUUAUAGAGCUUGGGGCCUAGGCCCUUGAAGGUGCGGCCACCAAGAGUGCAAUAAUUUAAUCUGGCCUCUUGAGCAUCACCGAAUUUGAGAUGAGGAGGGGUGAGGCCAUGGAAGGAUUUGAAAAUGAGGGUGCUUGAUCAGGAACACGGUGAUGGGGACUUGUGAUCUCCAGAAAGAACAACUUGCAUUUUUAUAGUGCUUUUCAUGACCACUGGAUGCCUGAAAGCCAAUUAAGUACUUUUUGACACACCCUACCAUACAACACUACUUAGUGCAAAUCAGCUGCCAACUAGUCAAACUCCACAAAUAGCAAUGCAGUAAUGACCAGGUAAUCUGCCAGUCCUGCAGUGGGACUUGCCUUGUGACUUGGAUGAGUGAGUCCCCUACUAAAUCAUGGCUGGCAUGCGAGGUAUGAAUAUUGAUUAUUAUACUCUGCCACUCCAGCUUGCUGUAUUUCCAGUUCGUUUUACCAAAUCAAAAUCUUAAAACCCUAGCAUUCAUCAAAAGUCAAAGUUAAAGGAGGCAUUCCUGUGAUUACUAUAAUUCAAAAUGGAAUGUAUUGCACGCAUGAAGCUGGAAACUGGCUUUCAGGAAGGUACAAAUAGCACAAGAGGAAUAGGUAUUGCAAUGUUAGAUAAUUUUUGAGUCGUAGCAGCAGGAUUGCACUAAAAUGUGGUUUACUAGGCCAGAUGAAGAGUGCGUGCGCCAUUCCAGUAGCUUCAUUUCAUCCUGUUGAAAUAAAGGCUGCCUGACAAUGCACUCAUAAGUCUGUAUAACACUUUCACUUUUAUUUUAAAUUUCCAACAUAGUACAGUACUGAGGAAGCAUUUCCUUAUUUCUUACUGUCAGAAUAUUUUGAAUCCCAGAAAGUGAAAAAUAUCCUCUCCACAAAAAUCAGGAUAUAUGCAAUAACUGCCCCAUUGCACCUCUUGAGCCUUUUAAUUGCACCAAUAACCUAUUCACUGGGGUUCUGCUGAGAGCAUAAGGAAGAUAAUAUGGUACUUGCGUGCAACUCAUAAGGUCAGAAGUAGGGAUAUUUGGUGAUGAUUGCCCACAUACAGCUAAACCUGGACAAUAAUAAGCCUGGUAUUACUAUUGCUGAAUUCUGCUAAUUUAAUUAUAUCUAAACAACACCAGAGUUUUCAACUUUCAGGAAACCCUCCUCCUUCACACACCCCGACCCCACCUACUGCCUUGCAAUUUUGUCAACAUAGUGGAAAAGGCCAUCACGUUACUGGCAUGUGACAUUAUUGCACCAAGUUGGCUUGGAUAAUCUUGGGCACAGGUUACCAACUAUCUGUAUAAUCAGCAGAGCUGGUUUCAUGUGGAAAUAACAAGAAUGUUUACAGCUUAGUUUUUCAUGCUGGGCUAACUUCUGAAUAAUGGAAUUACAAUUUAGAGUUUAUUUCCAUGUAACAGUUAAUCAAAUUUUGAAUAUAAAUUUUUGAAGAGAAAUAGAUGUAUUCCAAAGAAAAACUGGUCAAAAAGCCCAUUCUCAAUGAUAGCAUAUAGAUUAUUGCAUUAGUGUGAGAGAUUAUUUUCCACUUUUCAUCAGGGUACUGUGGUAGCCCAGCUCACUCCAAUCACUGCCAGACCAUCAGAAAUACUAAAUGGCAACUGGUCACAACCCACCAAAGUAUUCCUGACCAGGAGAAAUUGUUCCAGGAGCUUUUAAUUUAAAGAAGUGUAUGAAAUGUUUCCCAUAUCCUAUUUUAUUUUCUCCCUCUCCCUAAAUGGCGCACAUCAUGGGGAACUGAACAGCAAGGGGAAGUUUCCAGUGUCGACAUAUAAAAAUGAAGAGGAAGCUUUCACUUGUUGCUCAUUCAAUUCCCACAGACAGACAGGAAUGUUUUAUGAUCUAUAACCAAACCAACUCAAAGGAAGUGCUUUUUUUUUUGUGCAAUUAUGGUUUGAAAUGCAGGACAAUUUUGAUGAAACACAUUCCUCUAAUCCACAGAACUCCAAUAAACAAUGGAAGGAAAUACUGCAACAAAGCGCAGAUUAAAAAUGAAAAUUUAAAAGAUGUGUACAUACUAUUUAUUGUCAGUAAGCAAUCAUCAUCUACUUUCUGUAUCUUUUUAUAAAUAUCCAAAUGUAAGUUUAGUAUUUUUCUCCUGAGGCAAGAUGUGCACUGUGAACUGUUUAUAGUGGAAUCAUUAACAUGUUGAUAAACAAUUUUAAAAUUUU